UUGCCGCCCCGAUCGUGCCGUGUGCUGACGUGCUGACGCUCCCCGAAGUAGUCUACAGUCAAUUAACCUUUCGGAUGUGAGCAUCUUCUGUUGAGUUUUCUAUAGCAACAUCUUUAGCCCACGGCUGUCGUGUUGGUGCACCUGGCGUUUGUUGGGGAGAGCUUCCGGGUGUCCUUCCUGGCGCUGGCUAUAUAACCCAAGAAUCAAUGCUGCUGCUGCGUUUAUGCACACGGCAGCCAUUUUUGCGCCGUCGGAUCGGCAACACCAACAUGGCUUGCCGAGAGUACGGUGCAGAAGCCCCUGCCAGGUGCUGCGCCGUGGUGUAUGUGUCAGAGGGGAGAAACAGCACGCUGUUGGAUGCUCUGGCCGAGGCGGCAAGGACGACUGCUCCCGGUACCGCUGGCCUGAUCAGGCAGUUCAGAGAUCCCCAGUACCACCGCACGGGCUUCACGAUAGGCGGCGCGUGUCCCGAUGCCGUGGCGAGAGCUUCGGUAGAGGUUAGCCGUCGCGCCGUCCGAGCAAUCGAUCUUCUAGAGCACGAGGCAGCCCACCCCCGAAUCGGGGUGGUUGAUCACGUGUCAGUGCACCCACUGGGGGGGGAAGGCAGCCAGGAGAUUGCUCAGAAGGCAGGCUUGGCCAUUGCGACGGCACUGGGGAAGGAUGUGGGCCUACCCGUCUUGCUGUACGGCGACCUAAACAACGGCAGACGGUUAGCGGAGGUGCGGAGAUCAACACCCUACUUUGUCGGCGGAGAGCUCCCCGCGACGAUCGAUGCAGACCUUGGGCCAAACGAGGUGGAUGCGUCUCGAGGUAUUGCCACCGUCGGCUGCACCCCGCUGGUGACAAACUACAACAUCCUCCUGAGCACCGAUGACAAGCGCCUGGCUUCGAAAGUGACUCGAAGCCUGCGAGAGAAAGAUGGUGGAUUGCCGUGGGUGGAAUCACUAACCCUUCAGAGAAAAGACGGUACGUUCGAGGCCGCCUGCAACCUGCUUCGGCCGAAAGAAACAACGACGGCCAACGUGUUAGCUGUGGCUGAAGAACAAGCGGCCGGUGUUGGCAUCCGAGUUGUGGAUCACUACGAGACGGGACUUACGGAUGAGGAAGCCUUGGCGGCAAUAUCUCGACUUUCGUCAGAGAGAAAGUAAAAUGUGUGGAGACAAGGUUUUGGGCGCUGCGCGCCCCCGCUUUAUUUGAAGCGAUUCCAAGGCAACGUUUUCUCUGAAAGUGGGUGUAGGAUGUUGUUAAAAUGAAG